AACUUCAAAGAGGUGACCUAUAUGGUUUUGAUACCGUCUCAAGCCAUGGGCUUUUGGGGAACACUUCUGGUUUUGAUCUUCCUUGAGCCAAGCUGGGGUCAGGAACAAACCAGGUACAGUAUUUCAACCCCAAUCGUCUUCCGAGUUGGAGCUCCUGAAAAUAUUACAGUUGAAGCCCACGGCCACACUGAGGCAUUUGACACAACCAUCUCUGUAAAAAGUUAUCCUGAUGAAAAUGUUCAUUACACUUCGGGCACUGUUAAUUUAUCACCAGAAAAUAAUUUCCAAAACUCUGCAAUCUUAACAAUUCAGGCCAAACAGUUGUUUGAAGGACAAAACUCAUUUUCAAAUGUGUAUUUGGAAGUUGUGUCAAAGCAUUUUUCCAAAUUAGAAAUAAUGCCAAUCAUCUAUGACAACAGCUCUCUCUUCGUUCACACUGACAAGCCUGUGUACACUCCACAACAGCCUGGUAGGGUAUAUGGUGCUUCUUUCAGGGGUGGGGGGAAAUUUGACACAAAUGUGUGCAACUUUUAACAUCUGGAAUUAAAUGGAGACGAUUUCUACUUAAGAGAAGCUCAAAUCCUAAUGAUAUUUAUACUUUCAAAUGACAUUUUCAUUUUUAAUUUAUAGAGGAACUGCUAAAUAAAUCACACAAUCAAUGAUCAUUUUAUCUGCCCUGUUAAAGAGAUUGUUCAUCGAAGAUUCAGAAGACAUAAUUGCAAAUACAAUUUUGGUACUGGCAAAUGAUUUAUCUUAAAAUCUUGUUUAUAAAACAUUCUUGGAGGCUGGAGAGAUAGAUGGCUUAGAAUUUAAGGGCAUUGACUGCUCCUCCAAAGGUCCUGAGUUCAACUCCCAGCCACCAUGUAGUUCAUGGUGGCUCACAACCAUCUGUAAUGGAAUCUGAUGCCCUCUUCUGGUGUGUCUGAAGACAGCUACAGUGUAUUCAUAUAAAUAAAAUAAAUAAAUUU